AUGGCCACAGCCCCUGCAUACGAAGAACACCUCCCUGCAGCACCGAGGUGGCUGAACAAAGGUGACAACGCGUGGCAGCUAACAGCAGCAACUCUGGUGGGUCUCCAAAGCAUGCCAGGCCUGGUCAUCCUCUACGCCAGCAUAGUCAAGAAAAAAUGGGCAGUCAACUCUGCUUUCAUGGCUCUCUACGCCUUCGCAGCAGUCCUAAUAUGUUGGGUCCUCUUGUGCUACCGCAUGGCCUUCGGGGACAAACUCUUUCCCUUCUGGGGCAAGGGUGCCCCUGCCCUCGGCCAAAAGUUUCUCAUAAGCCAGGCCAAGGUCCCUGAGACCACCCACUACUUCAACAACGGAACCGUCGAGAGCAAGAUGUCAGAGCCCUUCUUCGCCAUGGCUUCUCUUGUCUACUUCCAGUUCACUUUUGCUGCCAUCACGCUUAUCUUGUUGGCUGGUUCUGUUCUUGGGAGGAUGAACAUUAGGGCUUGGAUGGCUUUUGUGCCUCUUUGGCUCAUUUUUUCUUACACUGUUGGGGCUUUCAGUCUCUGGGGUGGUGGCUUUCUCUACCAUUGGGGGGUCAUUGAUUACUCUGGAGGCUAUGUUAUUCAUCUUUCUUCUGGAGUUGCUGGCUUCACUGCUGCUUACUGGGUAGGGCCAAGGUUAAAGAGUGACAGGGAGAGGUUUCCACCAAACAAUGUGCUGCUGAUGCUUGCGGGUGGUGGGUUGCUGUGGAUGGGGUGGUCAGGGUUCAACGGUGGAGCACCAUAUGCAGCCAACGUUGACGCCUCGAUUGCUGUGGUGAACACCAACAUUUGUGCAGCCACUAGCCUCCUUGUUUGGACCUCUCUCGAUGUCAUCUUUUUCUCCAAACCAUCUGUCAUUGGAGCUGUUCAGGGCAUGAUGACUGGACUCGUUUGCAUCACCCCAGGUGCAGGGCUUGUGCAAUCUUGGGCAGCUAUAGUGAUGGGAAUACUUUCUGGGAGCAUUCCAUGGAUGACUAUGAUGAUCCUCCACAAAAAGUCAAGCCUUCUCCAGAAGGUAGAUGAUGCCCUAGGAGUAUUUCACACACAUGCAGUGGCUGGCUUAUUGGGUGGCCUCCUCACAGGUCUCUUAGCAGAACCUGAGCUUUGCAGGCUCAUACUGCCGGUGACCAACUCAAGGGGUGCCUUCUAUGGUGGCAGUGGUGGCGUUCAGUUUUUGAAGCAAUUGGUGGCAGCAUGUUUCAUCACAGCAUGGAACUUGGUCUCCACCACACUCAUUCUUCUAGCCAUACAGUUCUUCAUACCCUUGAGGAUGCCGGACGAUCAGCUCGAGAUCGGCGACGAUGCCGUCCACGGCGAAGAAGCCUAUGCCCUUUGGGGUGACGGUGAAAAGUAUGAUCCAACCAGGCAUGAUUCCUCCAGGGUCGAUAAAACUUCACCAUCUCCCUAUGUUAAUGGAGCAAGGGGUUUCACCAUAGACUUAUGAGUCAUGUAGAUGCACUUCUGUAUAGUAAGUAAAAUACUAAAAUUAUGUCUGUAGUUUCGGAAUUAGUAAUCGAGUGUGUGAUAUAAUUAUCGGUCCAAAUGAUAAUUUUAUAGUUAAUUUCAG